GUAAGAACUUCCAGCAUAAGAAUACAAAUUAAUCAACAAAAUUGAAGAAUCUGCAGUCAGAAUAAUUUGAAGUACCAGCGUGCAGAAAGAGAACCAUGAGCGUCGCUGAUGCAGGAACGUAUCUAAUGAAACAGGUGCACCAUAAGAAAGUGACCAAUCGUGGUCGACGAUGGACGGUUUGUCAUGUAGGCAUUCGAGUGGCGGCCGACGACAGACGUCAGAAUACAGAGGGGCAAAGAGGAAAAUACGAAGUGGCGAGGACUGAGGACUGUCAAGACACCUCGCCCACAAAAAGCAGAUGCAGAUGCGACCGGGCGGUGAACACGUGCGAGGAUUUUUUUUUUAGUGACGGCCGCAUGAACACACGGUGCAAUGUUUAAAAAAUUGUCGCGAAGCGACGCUCUCGAGGAUAUUUCCAAUUGGAGCACCGACGAUGUGUUGUACCUGCUCCGAAAGAACGGUCUGGAAGAAUGUUGCAAAGCGAUCGCAAAACGAAAGAUCGAUGGGGACGAGCUAUUGCACUUGACGGAAGGGAAGCUGGCGCUGUGGAAGAGUGACCUCACGCGUCCAUUGAUAUGGAGUCUGUGGACGUUCGUGGAAGAAGUGAAAAAAACACCAGAGAAAUACGUAGAGGAGAAGAUACUCGAAUCGCAGGUGACGGAGGAUCACCUGAGCGACACCGGUUCCUGGGGAACCGACUUCGAGGACGAAACGAACGAGGAAAGUGCCUUACAAGAAUUUCAGAAAGCCAUUCAAUCGAACGUAGGACUUAGAAGUAAUCAGAAGCUGUCGCAAAACAAUGCAAACCCUGAGCAACAAGAUACGCGAACAGAAGAGAUAUCGAGACAAGAGGAAGAAGGAACUUAUGCAAAUUGCGGUUCGAUGCCACGCGAUGAAAACACGUACGCGAAUUGCGACGAGACGAAAACUGUUUCAUCGAAGAGUACGUCGAGAUUACACUCGUUGCAAACAGAGAAAUCAUUGGCAGAGCAGCUGAAAGAACAGCUGAAGCUACGAAAUACAAAGAAGCCGAUGGCAGGACCGAAACCCAAGUCUUUGCAAUCGAGGAAAGUGGAGGUUUCACCUUUAGGACGUACCCAACCGCAGAAAUCAUUUUUAUACAAUGUCUCAAUGGCAAAGCCGAAUACUCCUAGUCAAACGCAAAAGAGAAUGGCUGUACCACCGCCACCCGAGCCGAAGAAGAACAGCGAUCAACCAAUGAUCAUAGAAAAAUCAAGCAAGGAGCAAACGAAGCCUCCAGCUAUGCUUAGGAAUCUCGAUCUGGUCGCAAAUUUGCCAACGCGAACGGAAGAAAGCGAGGACGAAUACGAGGCAUUCGACGAACAAAUUAUCGAACAGAAUCAAAAGAAGAACAUAUUCAGAGCAGAUAGCAAGCAAUCGCUGACCAGUGGAAACCGAAGUUCCAUAGAAAGUGUUUAUCAACCGGCCAGCGUUACCAGCUACGAGGAAGAAGAGGAGCAGUAUGAAAUUUACGAGUCAAUUACAGAAACACCAGACGAUAGUAGUUACAAUUUAAGUCCUAUUCAGAGGACGACGGAGAUAAAAACACCCCCACCUCUACCAGCGAAACCUCCUCAAUCAUCAGCUAGCCCUUCUCCAACUUUAACUCGGACGAACUUAGAGAAAUCAAAGGAACGGUCGCCAGAGAAGAAAUCAGCGACGCUACCUCAUUCUAACAGCAACACCUCGUUGUCGUCGGAAAGAGCCACCAGACCACUUCCGCCUCCACCUGAAAGACAGUCCUACAUUGAUAAACCGUGGUUUCAUAACGUGAGCAGAGAACAGGCGACGUCUCUUAUCAAAGAACAAAGUAUCUAUGGUAACCCACAAGAUGGAUAUUUCCUACUGAGACCGUCCACGACUAACGUGAAUAAUCCACUGGCUUUGGUGCUUUGGUAUAAGGAUAAGGUUUAUAAUGUUCCAGUAAGGAAGAGGCCAGAUAAUAGGUACGCAUUGGGCUCGGCGAAAGCGAACGAACAAUCGUUCUCCAGCGUCGAAGAGAUCGUGAUGUUUUACUCGAGAGAAGAAUUGGUGCUCCACAGCGGGGGUGUGCAAAUGGGCAGCACGAAAUUAACUGAUACCCCGGGUAAAUAAAAAUUUCUUGAAGCUCCAUCAACCAGCUUGCUGAAUGGAAACACUGCCCGAUCAAACCCUGUCGAUAGAGAUUUCAACAGGUGUGCCUUUACGAAUGCGGGAAGGUAGAAUAAUAGUGGGUAAACGCGAACUUAAUCUUGUACAUUUCAAAUGCAUUUAUCAGAAGAACAAAUGUUUAUCAGAAGACGGAUUUUCUCAAAUACCUGUAUAUUUUUAAUAUAAACAUUUAUAUAUAUAUAUAUUUUAAUAUUAAGUCUAAGAAUACGAUAAAUGUUUUAUUCUUGUAAUGAUAGUCAGUUUAUACACAUAUCAGCAAAUGAUUUAUUUGUUUUAUACGUAUAAUCGUUUUGUUUAAGUCGUUUAGAAUUCGAUGAAGUGAAAUUAAAAGAUAGAUGUAUACUGCCAAUUUGUAAAUAUGAUUUCUUAAAUUUACUCUUAACAAAGAAUUUUUGUACCGUUUGAUUGAUUAUGGUUUUAAGUGUCACGGAAUAAAUCGUACAAAAUAUGUACCGGCGUUCUCUGAA